UUUAUACCAUACGAUCUUCCCAGACUACCUUUGCGAUCGACCAGUAGGCUAGAUCGCGAUCGACGUAUUGGGCACCCCUGCUCUAGAUCGUGAAAUCUUUCAGAUGCUUUUAUGCAAAAGGUUUGCGCGGGGGGGCAGUUUAUUUUCGGUGAUGUCAUUUCCUACCCGCAAAUUCAUAUAAAUCGAGUGAUGCAGCAUUAAUCAGUACCCGAGACGACAGCGGAGCGAGGCAAACGCUGCAGAAAGAAGGAAAAACACAUAGAUGCAAUGUGUCAGAUGCACUGCUGAUCUCAAUAUUAUAUUAAUUCACUCAGGAAAAUUCACUCUGCUUCACAGUGUCUCAUCAUCUCUCAUCAGCAAAAAUGACAACAAGGGCAUGCGUUGUUUUUGCAUUAAUUGUGAAUUAUGUUGUUUCGUUACCAGUAACAUCAAAUCACAUGGACAAUAAGGACGUAAAGGUGAUGAAAUGCAUUGUGGAAGUGAUAGUUGAUGUUCUGUCCAUCCACGAGCCCAAACCUGUCAGCCUGGAGUGCCUGGACACCCUGAGAGCAGAUGAGCGGCUCAUUUUCAUCCUCCGCCACCAGAACUUCUUGAAAGAGCUUCAGGAUAUUGCUGCUCAAGGGGCUACCGAGAGAGCCAAUCAGAAGAAUGCGAUUGGGGCUGGUCAUAUGUUUGACAUGCUGGAGUAUUCCCAGGGUUCAAGAGAGUUAGCAGACCAAUCCAUGCUGGUUGCUUUGAGGGUUGCUCCAACUGAGAAGAGGGAGGCCAGGUUGGAUGUGACAGAAAUGUUUGCCAGCAAGGAGUCUGAAGAGCCAAAGGGCAAGGAACAAGAGAGUGGGCAAAACCAAAACUUGGUUAUCAGAACUCAAGAGGAGGAUAAGCAUGGGCCAAAACAGAGGGGGAAGACCAGUUCUGAGGAAGCUGAAGAGGAUCAGGUCAGGAGUGCUGCAGGGGAAUACAAGAUGCAAGCUGACACAGGACACAAGCUAGAGAGCAGUCAUAAGGCAGAGCUCAAGGUGGGAAAACACACAGAGAAGGAAGAGAAGGAGGUGGCAAAAAAGGAGGAUGCAGAGAGGUCUCCUGAAGGACUGGACAGUGAGGCAGAAGGAGAUGAAGAAGAAGAGGAUGAGGAAGAGGAGAUCAAACACUGGAACAGAAUUGGCAAAAUGACAGAAAAGUCAUCUCUGCUGCAUGUAGGUAGGGAUGACACCUCCACAACUGGAGAACAGCCCAUGGCGUUGGACCUGUCCCACCACUCCAAGGAGGACAGUGAGGAGCAAAUCCAUGAGCUCCAGAUGAUGGCUCGCAGAGAGCCUACUGAGCGUAGAGAAGACGACGGCAGUGGCAGCAGGAAAGCUGAGCAGGACCAGGAGAUUGAGAGCCUGGCAGCCAUCGAGUUAGAGCUGGAGAGCGUGACCCAGAAGCUGCACAAGCUCAGGAGAGGCUGAGAACAGAGCGGGUACCGCUCCUCACUGCCCUCCUCUUCCUUUUCACCCCAUUAUGGACACGCUCCUGCUUUCUGAAACGGGCUGCUGCUGAAAGAGGGAUUGCUUUUGGUACUGUCCCCAUCUCCCCUUGCUGCUCUGGUGACCUCUAAGGCCCUUCCUCUCCCUGAGCUGCCUUAGCUCCUCCCACUCCCUGAGCUCCUCUCCACUGUGCCUCCUCACCCUCAAUACCCUGUCUGCUUCACUAAUGAUCUUUGCACUCCACAGAGCUACAAAAAAUACUAAGUGGCAGUAAUUAUAUUUAUAUCCUGAGAUAUUUAUGAUUUUCUGUGUUGGCUGAGGUGUAGGGAAUGGACUUAGUCUGCAGGCAAAUAUUUAAAAUUUAUUUAGAAAAUAUUAUGCUCUGUUAUGAAAACAUUAAUUGAAAUAAUCAUUAUGAAAAACUCAUGCAAUAAAAUAAGAAUUUUUAAUAGGUGAAUGAGAACUGUAUUUAAGAGCUAUGGGAUUUAUCUACAAAAAUCAAUAAACUAGAUGGAAUUACCUGUAAA